UUUUUUACCAGACAUCCACAACAGCGGAGGUCGAGAUUAGGAAGUACCUCCUGAAACGGAUCUUCUGUUGCACGUCCCAAGUUAAGAGGAUGAAAAUACAUUGAUCACUAUCGAGAAAUUAUUUUCAUUCAUUGACAGAAGCUUCGUUGAAUAUGUCCGUCUAACUGCGUUGAUCGGUGGCAAUCCAACAUUGCCCAGCUAGCUAGAGCUAGCUAGCUCAACGUCCUUAACGCCUGCAAGACUGAAUCGUGUUGUUGACAAGAAAGGGCACCCUGAACCAGUCAACAAGCGGAGGUUUGCACACUUUUUUCAACAUGAAGUUCACGCAAUUUUUGAUGAAAAGCAGCUCAAUGGCUGGUAUACAAAAAAAGGUGGAUAGAUUCUCCAAGUUUUCGCCUUCGCCACUGUCCAUGAAGCAAUUCAUAGAUUUUGGCUCGGCCAAUGCCUGUGAGAAGACGUCCUUUGUGUUUCUGCGACAGGAGCUUCCUGUGAGGCUCGCCAACAUCAUGAAGGAGAUCGACUUCCUCCCUGACAAGCUGCUCAGCACCCCAUCCUUACAGCUGCUGCUCAGCUGGUACUCCCAGAGUCUUCUGGAGAUUGUGGACUUCCUGGAGAAAGACCCUGAUGACAAAAAGAUCCUGAAAAAGUUCACAGAGACGCUGGUGAACGUGAGGAACCGGCACAAUGACGUGGUUCCCACCAUGGCGCAGGGCGUGGUCGAGUACAAGGAGGCCUUCGGCGUCGACCCCGUCACCAACCAGAACGUCCAGUACUUCCUGGAUCGCUUCUACAUGAGCCGCAUCUCCACGCGCAUGCUCAUGAAUCAGCACUCUCUCAUCUUCGACGGUAGUGCCAACCCUGCUCAUCCCAAACACAUCGGCAGCAUCGACCCCAACUGUGAUGUGGUGGAGGUGAUCAAAGAUGCCUAUGAGAGCUCCAAGAUGCUGUGUGAACAGUAUUAUCUGACAUCUCCCGACAUGGAGAUCAUACAAGUCAACUCCAAAGACGUGAACCAGCCUCUCCACAUCGUGUAUGUGCCCUCUCACCUCUACCACAUGCUGUUUGAACUCUUCAAGAACGCCAUGAGAGCUACUGUAGAGACUCAUGAAACCAGUCUGACCCUACCGCCGGUUAAAGUCCGUGUUUCACUGGGCAGCGAAGACUUAACCAUCAAGAUGUCAGACCGGGGAGGAGGCGUCCCGUUGAGGAAGAUUGAGCGUCUGUUCAGCUACAUGUACUCCACCGCUCCCAGCCCCGUCCACAUCGACAACUCCCGCAACGCCCCCCUGGCUGGGUUCGGCUACGGUCUCCCCAUCUCCCGUCUCUACGCCAAGUACUUCCAGGGAGACCUGCAGCUGUACUCCAUGGAGGGUUACGGAACCUCUGCUGUCAUCUACCUGAAGGCCUUGUCCACAGAGUCUGUGGAGAGACUUCCUGUCUUCAACAAGUCUGCUCUGAGGCAUUACCAGACCACCACAGAGGCAGAUGACUGGUGCAUGCCCAGCAAGGAUCCCAAGAAGCUGGGCAAGUAUGAGAGGAGGAGCUAGUAAGACACUGGACCAGUUCAGACAACAUGGAAGAGGAGGAGGAGGAAGAGGAGGAAGAGGAAUCACUAAAUCGAGAGAUUGGAAGGAUUCAUCAAUCACACUGACAGAGGGGGUAUGGCCUGUGCCCUCUCUGUGAUUGGACUUGGCAGAGGGGGUGUGGCCUGUGCCCCCUCUGUGAUUGGACUUGGCGGAGGGGGUGUGGCCUGUGCCCCCUCUGUGAUUGGACUUGGCAGAGGGGGUGUGUUUUGUGCCCCCUCUGUGAUUGGACUGGACAGAGGGAGGGUGUGGCCUGUGCCCUCAGAUUUUAGACCAGCUAAACUUUAUCAGAUUCAACCUGAACCAUGAAGCCCAAAACACAUGGCACUGUAGAUCACUAGAGUAUCUGUCCUUGCUGUUGUGUAACAUGUAGCAACAGGUCAUGCACAGGUUUCGUGUCAUUUAUCCGGUUGAAUCACAUGGAUUCAAAUAUUUCUCACUGUCGUCGAAAAUUUUUUGUACUGUGUGCUUUGGGCUUCAAAAUAUAUAUAUUUGCCUGAGAUCAGGUUUAGAGGAAGAAAAUAACCUGAGAUGAGGUUUAGAGGAAGAAAAUAACCCGAGAUCUGGUUUAGAGGAAGAAAAUGACCUGAGACCAGUUCAAAUAGUUUGUCUCUGUUCUCCAUUCACUAAAGUGACAGGCUGAGUGGGCCACACACUGAAAUUAAUUUAGUAUUUAUUUCAAUCAGUAUCACAGAACACAAACAGUGAAAAAGCUAGGGUUUUUGUUAACCUACAACAUACCUCUUUAUCAGUUAAAUCAGUAGCUUAAUUCUGCUCUGGGUUAUACAAUGUUUUAUUUUUUCACCUGAAAUGAUCCCUUCCACAUACUUUGGGGCGAUAAAGUGACCUUAUUUUUAAGAUCAAGUGACGUUGAUUCCUUAUUACUGGCCUAAGUUGAAAUUCUUUAAACUAGAUAAAAGUAUAUCCACAAAUGUUUACCAUCUGUGGAUAUACAAGGAAACCAUGAGACUCAAAUAGAUCAAAUUUAUUUAAAAUGUUCAAGUUGAAACCAUUUUUGUAAAAUUACUAAAAGGAUUAUUUAAAAAGUUAUUUAUUGAAUGAUAUUUAGUUCCAUUGAACAGGAUAAAAAGUGUGUCCUUGGACACAGUUUGGAAAAAUGUGUUAAACCAGUUUAAUUUAAUUGGCUAUUUCUAAAUAGGUUUUAUGAUUGCAUGAAUGACUAUUAAUAAUGAUCCCAAUUAUAGUAAUAUCUGUUUUCUAACCAGUCACAGUUUCUAAGUGUGUCACAAAGGAAGGUUUCCAACAACAACAAACUCUAAAGUGCCAGCAUUGAUUCUACCGCCAAACUAUUCAGACCUCUAAAUCUGAUUCAGGGUUGACUGCAUGAUCUCAGGACGUCGAAGUUGUUGUAUUAUCACCAUAAGUGCUGUGUCUGUAUGUCCAUAUACCGUAUAUAUAUAUAUAUAUAUAUAUAUAUAUAGAAGUGAACGGUUAAACCUUUUGACCAUGUUCCCAGGACUAGUUUAGCAGUUCAUCUGCCACAGUGGUGUGGGUUUAGACAACCCAGAACAGAUCUGAUUGGACCUCACUUUAGUUCAGAUCCCUGUCCUAGAUGUGUGUUCUCACACAUAACCCAUUUACAGGUAGUCCAAUCAUGUGAUCUAGAACCGUUCUCUGAACUAGAAGUGUACUUCCUGUGUGUGCUAGCAUGUCACACAUCUCUGACAAGGAUUUUUCUGUCGGUUCUAGUCUUGUUUCUGUAAACAAUAUCUCGUAAACACAAGGGGACGAUCAGAGACAAGGCCAGGUUUGGUAGCUAGCGUUAACGAGAAUAUUCCUCUUGAUGUCGUAUUUCCUGCAUCUGACCCCCUAGUGGAGGAGAGAUUAAGCUUGCAUGACCUCCCUGCAUGAGCUCUUGUCCCAAGACAGCACAGCAGGAUCACAGAUAGAGAGAGAGCCAUCCGUAUUACCUCUCGGUACUCGAUUUGUUCUGUCUGGUUGUUCUGAUUCGUACCUCCAAGGUGUUCUGAUGAAGUGAAUGGCAAGGGUCUCAAGGUAGUGUAGUAGUCAAAGGCCCUGUGGUUUUAAACAACACUACGACCCUGCACUGCUCUAUAGCUCGUUAGUCACAUGACCACACCUGCAUUCUCUUUACCUCACUGUAUGCUGGUGAACGCUGAUAUUUCACCGUGUGAUCACCAUGAACACUGACCAAGCUGGCAUCCUAUAGCCAUCUACUGCCAUUCUUCCUGCUGUGUGUGUGUGUGUAUGUUAACCACACACACACACCUUUGCUUACGCUUUAUAAAGUGCAAUCAGUUGAUGUAUGGCAAUAACUAGUGAAAGCUGCUCACUUGACUUCUGGAAUGUAAAGCUGUACAUUCAUGACUGAUUGCUGUGUAUUUCUGCUAGGCUCUUCCUGUUACAUCACCUUCUGCUUUCAGAACAGUAGUUAGUGGGUUGGCAUUAGAACCUGCAAUAAACUAUAUGGGAAAUUA